AACUCUUCCAUCCAUUGUUCGCUCAGCCUUUCAACAAUAACCAAGGCGACAAUUUCUUCUGAUUCGGUAGAAACACGUUAUUACGGUAGUUGGAACAAUACUGACGCGAAAGCUUGUUUGGAAUGCCCAGUCGAAAGUUGGGUCAUUUGACAACAUUGGAUAUAAGCCAGGAGGAGGUAACGUUUGCAUUGAAUCGAGGAAAAUUGCAUGGAAAUCAGAGCCAAAGGUAGGGUCAAUGCAGAAUGUCGCAUACAAGCCACCGCCGGGAAAAGCAGAGGUAAGAAAUCUGACAAAUGAUUAUCAUAAAGGCAAAGGCACCAAGGUCAAACUAAGGUCAACAGUCAAAUAUUGCACUAAUUCACGGAACUUAAGUUUCUUGUACCUCUGCUACGCGGCUGUGGGUGAUAGUGACAAUAAUAAAUCACUGAAAGUAUCAUCUCAUAUUUAA